UAUCGUUACUAUCGAUGUUGGCUCACCUCUAGUAACGUAACCGAAAAACAACUAAAUAAUACUUGUGAUAAUACAUAACAAAACAAUGCGUGUGGGCCAGUUGCUCCGCUUCCGGAGCACCACCUUGCGUAGCUCCACCGCCAGGCAGGAGUAUGUGCCGCAUCACAAGCCCGCCGUGGUGGACGACAUCAAGCGGCUGGAGGACUUCCUCCUGUCCAAACCAAAUGUUUUGGUUCUCACGGGCGCUGGCAUCUCGACGGAAUCGGAUUGAGUUCAAAAAGUUGCCACAUUAUUCAUUUAUUUAUAUAAUGCUAAUUGCAUUUAACCUGCUAACAGUGGAUUGGCUUAUAAUUGGUUUCAAAUUAAUAGCAUUCCCGACUACCGUUCCGAGGGCGUGGGACUCUACGCCCGCUCCAAUCACAAGCCCGUUCAGCACAUGGAGUUCGUGAAGUCGGCGGCGGUGCGCAAGCGGUACUGGGCCAGGAACUUUGUAGGAUGGCCCAAGUUUUCCGCCACACAGCCCAAUGCCACGCACCACGCGCUGGCCAGAUUCGAGCGGGAGGAGCGGGUCCAGGCCGUGGUCACCCAGAAUGUGGACCGGCUGCACACGAAGGCGGGCAGCCGGAACGUUGUGGAGGUUCAUGGCAGUGGGUAUGUGGUCAAGUGCCUGUCCUGCGAAUACCGGAUCGAUCGUCACGAGUUCCAGAGCAUACUGGCGUCCCUCAAUCCGGCCUUCAAAGAUGCCCCCGACAUGAUUCGGCCCGAUGGCGAUGUGGAGAUACCCCUGGAGUACAUCGAGAACUUUCGGAUACCCGAGUGCACGCAAUGCGGCGGCGACUUAAAGCCGGAAAUUGUCUUCUUCGGUGAUUCUGUGCCACGGCCACGAGUGGAUCAGAUUGCCGGCAUGGUGUACAAUAGCGAUGGCCUGCUGGUCCUCGGAUCCAGUCUCCUGGUCUUCUCCGGCUACCGCGUCGUCCUGCAGACAAAGGACCUCAAGCUGCCGGUGGCCAUUGUCAAUAUUGGCGAAACGCGCGCCGAUCACCUGGCGGAUAUCAAGAUCUCCGCCAAGUGCGGCGAUGUGAUACCCAAACUGUUUGACUUUCGGACCUCGAAAAGCGCCAGCUAAUCCUCACAGUUGUUAUAUGUUUACCGCCCACUAAAUUUGUAGUUAUGGAGAGCUAGGCUUUCUAUUUUAGCUAAAAAAUAAUUGUUAAAGAUUAAAAUUUGCAAAUGGAAUGUAUUGACAUAAUGAGUGUCGUUGCAAAUAUUCCGGCGCCAAUUUAA